CUCUUACAACGUAUCCAUCAAAAUGGGCUUCGCCUGCGACCCUUGUUCCAUCAGAAAGAUAAAAUGUAGUGGAGAAACGCCGUGCAAGCAAUGCAAGGCCACGUCUCUAUCCUGCUCAUACGAUAGGAAGCGCAAGAAGUCAGGGCCAAAAGGGCCCAGAAAGCGAACCAAAGAGGCGAUCCUGCAGGCUCAGAGGUCAGCAAAGCAUACAACACCCGACAUUGAUGGUGAAAUUCGGUCUCAAGACGCAGAUGGAGUUCCUUUAUCUACGCAACAAAAUGGAUCGUCGAGUAGUUCGCCAAGCGGCGGCUCCCAGAGUCCCCAGGGCGUGCAGGAUAUGACAAUCCUUAGCUAUGAUGCUCGGAUACCGAUGUCAUCCUUCAGCUACUACUUAAAUAUAUAUCACGACUGUUUAUAUGUUGUAUGGCCUGUCAUAGACCACGAAGUACUUCUCACCCGUCUCGGCAACCCCGAUAACAAGAUUGCAUAUCCCCUUGCCGCAUCAAUAUGCUCAGCAACACGAGCCCAGCUUCGCCUUUCCAAUGAUGAUGCGGGCCCUUCGACGUAUCAAAUGGCAUACGAAGCGGAACAAUCUCGUCUGAUGCUCGAUUACUCAAAGCAUCAAAUCAUCGACGGGCUGUUGACAUGUUUCUUCCUCCAUGUCUUCUACUCCAACACGGGACGAAUUACAAAGUCUACACUGCUUCUUCGAGAAGCCAUUGCAUAUGCACAUAUUCUUGGACUUCAUCAAGACCUGUUCUAUGCUGAUUUGAACCAUGAUGCGGUCCAGUAUCAUCUUCGCAUUGCGUGGAUUUUGUUCAUUACGGACAGGGCUCACUCCCUUCAACACGAUCUACCUCCUACGUUUAAGCUCAGUUCAACACUGCCGGAACUCCACCCACAGCAAGACGCGGGGCUUGGCUCAGCAUUCUGCAGUUUGUGCAGACUGUUUCAAGCUUUUGACGACGCCUGCCCUCCAGAUGUCAGAUACAACCAGGUUGGCUUCUUGGGCGCCAUUAGCUCACAAUUGAGGGCACGACAUCCCCUUCCUCUUUGCGACAAUGAGAUCCAGCGAGCCGACAUCGUUGUAACUGACUCUUGGCUGCGCGUCGUGCUAUGGAAAGCGGCCAUUCCAUAUGUUGAUGCAAAUACUGACCCAAACGACCAAGGUCUAAGUGUCUCGUUUCCCACGUCUGUGGCGAGAGACUUACUGGCGAAACUGACUACUCUGUCCUCUUGCGCUCUCGAGACCCAUGGUCCUGGAAUGGUAGCAAUUCACCGCAUCUUACUCUCGCCAAAAUGCUGAUCCCGAACAGAUGUCGAAAUUGUUUGAAGUCGCAAACUCAGUGGCAGACGUCAUCAUCUGCGCCCCUGAUCUGGCAGAUGUAGAUUCGGCUCAUGUUGGGCCUCGAGAUAUUCUUUGCGCCCUGAGCAGCUUGAUCGCCUCGCUGCGGACGACAGCCAACCCUGCGCUUCUUACCCUGUUACGAGAAAAGAUGAUGGCCUGUGCAUUAGGCCAAGCAGGGCCAGGAAGCCUGUUGCAGAUCACGGAUGUCCCGGAUGAAGAUCUACAAGCUGAAGAGAUGAAUCUAGUAGACUAACUAGAAUGCUACAUUGACGGCCAUAGUUCACAGCUAAUAGUUAUUAAAGUGUGGUGAGUCGCCAAUGAGGUUUUAAGCGUAAAGCAUAAGGACUCCUUUCAAUCCGGUACGGCCUAUAUCUCAAUUUCCGAGUGAUGAACAAAUCCAAGCGCAUAACAAUCCACGAUACUUCUCAUACAAAGCUUCAAAGUUUUGGCCAAGUCCCUUUCCAAGUUAAUUUUCGUGUUACGUCCUAAUUAGACGCCCUCAGAUAUGCUCCACUCCCCCCGUCAUGCUUUCGGCCUCAACUGAUUUGCGCAGAACUUCCCUGGACACUUCGGAGUGAACAGGGUCCGCAGCGAUGCCAUCAAAGACAACCGCGAUUUCCUCCAAAGUUCUGCCCUUUGUUUCAGGGAACAGGAACCAUAUAGUUGGCAGCAUAGCCGUCAGCGUUGCGAUGUAGACGAAAUAGAACUUCCACUGGAUAGCUUCAAGGGCGAUGGGGUUGACAUAUUCUGGCAGUAAGAUGUUAGCAGCAAUUUCCUAAUGUCAGCUUUGGUGGAGAUAACAUACGAUUGAAGAAGCCAGCGGCGAACACAACAGUCAAGUUGAUGCUGAGUCCCUUGGACCUCAAGUCAAACGGCAGGAUCUCAACAGGGUACGCGAUGGACA